UCCACUAAUAGGAAAUGCUGAGCAAGGCCCAAUUCAUCAACUCUAGAUAUUGGAUAGAAAAAGCACCCGACCGGACUUUGUUCGAAGUAGCAAUAAUUCCUCCUCGGCGAUUCACCGCCGCAGUUGGCUACUCUGACGGUCUCAAGCAAAAAGGCAGUAGCAGGAAUAAACCCUAAAAACCCACUAAUAAAAGCCCUAAAUCAAAGUCGAUUUGUAAGAGAAAGAUGGGGAAGAAACAGCACAGCAAGGAUCGAAUGUACAUAACAAAAACAGAAUGGGCCACGGAAUGGGGCGGUGCCAAAUCCAAACAACUCCAAACUCCUUUCAAACGUCUUCCUUUCUAUUGCUGCGCUCUUACAUUUACGCCGUUUGAGUUUCCAGUUUGCACAGCAGAUGGCAGUGUAUUUGAUUUAAUGCACAUAACUCCGUACAUAAGGAAGUAUGGGAAGCAUCCUGUUACCGGAGCUCCGUUAAAGCAGGGUGAUCUUAUACCACUCAAUUUCCAUAAGAAUUCCGAAGGAGAGUAUCAUUGCCCUGUGCUGAACAAAGUUUUUACAGAAUUCACACACAUAGUUUCUGUGAAGACUACAGGAAAUGUGUUCUGCUAUGAGGCAAUUAAAGAAUUAAACAUCAAGACAAAAAACUGGAAAGAACUACUGACAGAUGAACUGUUCACUAAGGAUGACCUCAUAACAAUUCAGAAUCCAAAUGCCAUUGAUAGUAGGAAUACUCUUGAUUUUGAUCAUGUUAAGAAUGCUCUGGAAAUUGAUGAUGAAGAGCUAAAGAAGAUGAGUUCAGAUCCAUCUUAUAAUAUAAACAUAUCUGGAGAUAUCAAGCAAAUGUUGGCAGAGCUUGGAACUGAGAAAGGAAGGCAAAUUGCUCUUCAUGGAGGUGGAGGCAGCAAGGCCCAAAAUGAAAGGGCUGCUGCCCUUGUUGCCAUUUUGGCUGCCAGGUCACGCAUUAAAGAGGAUCCCCAAUCAACUUCAAACAAACUUCCAAGAGCUUAUAGUAUUGUAGAUGCUGCAUCUGCUUCAGUGCAUGGAAGAAGUGCAGCAGCAGCUAAAGCUGCACCAGAUGACAAAACUGCUGCUCGGAUAGCUAUGCACAUGGCUGGUGAGAGGGCGCCUGUGAAUUCAACAAUGGUAAAGAGCCGUUUUACAACUGGUGCUGCUUCACGAUCCUUCACUUCAACCUCUUUUGAUCCUGUCACAAAAAAUGAGUUUGAAUAUGUCAAAGUUGAAAAAAAUCCAAAGAAGAAAGGUUAUGUUCAGCUGCAGACAACACAUGGAGAUCUAAACAUUGAGCUUCACUGUGAUAUAACUCCAAGGACUUGUGAGAACUUCAUCACUCAUUGUGAGCGAGGUUAUUAUAAUGGAGUAGCUUUUCAUAGAAGCAUUCGGAAUUUUAUGAUUCAAGGUGGUGAUCCUACUGGCACUGGGAGAGGAGGCGAAUCUAUAUGGGGGAAGCCUUUCAAUGAUGAGCCAAACUCCAAGUUGCUCCACUCUGGAAGGGGUGUUGUCAGCAUGGCUAAUAGUGGUCCCCACACCAAUGGUUCUCAGUUUUUCAUCCUCUACAAGUCUGCCAAUCAUUUGAACUUUAAACAUACAGUUUUUGGUGGAGUUGUUGGUGGCUUGACUACAUUGGCGGCAAUGGAAAAAGUUCCUGUUGAUGACAAUGACCGACCUCUGGAGGAGAUAAAGAUAACUAGUGUAACGGUAUUUGUCAAUCCUUACACAGAACUUGAUGAAGAAGAGCAAGAGAAGGCUAAAGAUGAGAAGGAUAUCGGGGACGAAGAGAAUGAAAAGAUUGGGUCAUGGUAUAGCAAUCCAGGCACAGGAACUACAGAAAGUGGAACUGUGGGUGGUGGUGGUGGUGUUGGAAAGUACUUGAAAGCAAGAAAUGCUAAAACUGAAUCCACUGCAAUCGACAGUGGUUCAUCAACAAUUGCUGUGACGAAGAAAAGGAAAGUGGGAGUUUCGGCAGCGGAGUUCAAGGACUUCUCUGGCUGGUGAAAAUUUCCUAAUUCGUGUACCGAACUCAGACAUUGGAAUAUGCGGCAUAGAUGGAGGUAGGUAAGCAGAACAUAUUCUUUCAAGGUGCUUAAAAAUUAGAAGUAAAAUUUUGAAGGGUGGUAUUUCAUUGUUGAGGUUGUCUGUACAAUAAGAUGUAUUAUUAAACUAGUAGCAGAAAUAGUUUGUUUACA